AUGUAUCAGCCAUCUAUCGGCCGACCACCAGCGGCUUUUCGCAAAGAUGCACGCUCCAAAAAGGCCAAAGCCACCAUCAACAAGGUCAUCCCCAGCCUCCUCCCUGGGUAUCCCGGUGCUCAGAAAGGAAUCAAUUCAGCAGAGCUCAUACCUUUUAUGAACACUACAGUCUUGCCUGAAGCAUAUGGGAAGCUCUUGAAGAAACAUGAGGACAAGGGUGAUGCAGCAACGAAGGGCAAAGCUACAGACGGCGCUGAGGAUCCCCAUGAGAGCUUGGAAAAGCUUAAAACACCAAGAAUCUCAAUCAGGGAAGUCGACACGCUUACUGCUGCAAGAGAUCUUCUUAAUAUUGAGACACCGGCGGGCAUCAAAACAGAUCUAGGUAAUACUAGAGCUCAUGUGACAAUCUUGAACAUGGGUUCGCCUCUGAAUCCUGGAGGUGGAUUUCUCAAUGGUGCGAAUAGCCAAGAGGAGUCAUUGUGUAUGCGCACUACGCUAUAUCCCUCUCUCAAGGACGAGUGGUACCGACUCCCCGAACUUUCUUCGAUUUGGACUCCGAUGGUGUUGGUCUUCAGAGAUGAAGACGGGAAUGAUCUGGACAAGAAGGAUCGAUUCUAUGUCGACUGCAUCACAGCUGCAAUGAUCCGCGGCCCGGAAUUCGAGCUUGACGAGGACGGAGUAGCAUCAUACGCCAACAAGAAGGAUCGCGAUACGGCGCAAGCCAAGAUGAGGGCCGUUAUGCGAAUCGCUAUGGUCAAAAAGUCCAAACGACUUGUACUUGGAGCUUGGGGCUGCGGCGCGCAUGGAAACCCCGUCGGUGAAAUAGCAAGGAUCUGGAAAUCUGUUCUAACUCCAAGAUACGAUAAGUCAAGACCGCUAAAGGAGAGAUGGGAAUACAUUGAUGAGAUUGUGUUUGCGAUCAAGGAUCACAAUAUGGCCCAGGCUUUUGCGGAAGCUUGGGGUGACGGUCUUGAACGGCAGGACGAAGAGAAGAAUGAGAUUAAAGAGGAGGAUGAGGAAGAUGCUGAGGUUGUUGAUCUGGCUGAAUCCAAAACGCAAGAGUUGAAAGAUAAGAUCAGGGAGCUGGAGCAGAGGAUCCAGAAGGUGAAUAACCCGAAGGUGUCGGAUGGCUUGAAGACUAUUCUUGAGGGACUGAAGAAACAGCUCCCGGAAGAGGAUGAAGUUUCGACUCAGGACAGUGAGUGGGAGCAUGUCAAAGCUGAAGGCACCGGAUCUAGCUGA